AUGGGAUGGCUCAACAAGGUCUUCGGCGCAAGCAAGGACGACAAGCGCCCUCCGACCUCUCCCACGUCCGGCAGCAGCAGGCCGAAACCGAAACCGAAACCGACCUCGGCGUCUGGGACCAGCACGCCCGCCGCCGGGUCUCAUAGCCGCUCCGAAUCGCGCACUGGAGGGAAUGCAAAUGCAGCGAACGCAGCGCCCAUGUCCGAGUUCAUGGCUAGCGCCAUGGCCGCGGCUGAUGCUGGCAUGACAUGGGAGAACCAGGGCGGCUACGCUAGCGGCGCACGCACGCCGCGGCCAGAGAGGGUCAUAGAUGAGACGACGGCGCUGUCUUCCCUCACGGAUCAGGAGAUUGCGCGCUUGACGGAGGGGAUACAGGCCGACGUGCUGAAGCAGACAGCCUUCACGCUCGCCUACCUCCUGCGCAUCCUGUAUGCGCCGUCACCGAAGGACGACGCCGAGGCCGCCCUGGCCGUUAUCAACGCGACGCUUCCUUCGAUGCAAAGUGCAGGCUUCCAGGCUGAUCUCGUGGAGGAAUUCAUGGAUCCCCUCAUCGGGGCCGUGAGCAGCUUCGUCUCGCCUUCCCCCGGCAACGAACCGACCGAGUACUCCCUCCUGCAGCUGCUGCAAGAUCCGGAGCGGAGCAACUACAUUGUCGUCGCGCUGCGUCUCAUCACCGGCGCCUACAUCCGCACGCACGAGGAGCGCUUCGCAGCCUUCCUCUUCUCGCCCGUCACGUUCGAGCCGAUAUCUCCGGAGCAGUUUGCGAGGGAGGAGGUCGAGCCGUGCGGCAAGGAAGCGGACAAUGUCCAGAUCACGGCGCUGGCAAGUGCACUCCGCAUGCCUGUCCGCGUGGCGUAUCUCGACCAGAGCCAGGGAGACGAUGUCUGGCUCGAGGUCGGCGACAACGCGGCGAGCGAAGAUGCCAGGCCGCUGACGCUGCUACCCGGACACUUCGACGUCGUCACGAAGGACAACAUGCACGCUGCGCUCGCGAGGCAGGAGCGCGAGGGCGCCGCUGCGGCUGCUCAGCCGCAGGGGAAGUCGCCUGUCAAAUCCAAGUCACCGCCUUCGUCGCCCAAGAAGGUCCGGCCGCCACAGGAGGGACUGCACAUCGUUGCAUCGACUGAGGCUCCUCCUGCUGGCUCUUCGACUGCCGGUGCCUCCUCCUCUGCCACUGGCGCUGGGCUUGCCCCAGCAGAGCCGCCAUCUUCCCACUCGUCAGCGCAGGUUGAGCCGCCGUCGCCGCGAUCCAAUCUGUCCCCUCAGACAACUAACUCGCCGCCCCGAUCACCGCAGCCGGCAGCCGCGCGCGCGAGCGGAGAGAAGGACGCGGCGGACGCACCGACGCAGGACGACGACGAUGACGGGCGCAAGGUCACGGAGAACGUAUAG